GGAGGCUGACGGGAGCGGUCACGUAAGCGAUUAAAAGCGUUCACAGUUGUGGCGUAACCAUGAAAGCAGGGAGGGGGCGGCGCCCCGCCCUUCCGAGACGGUUCGUCCCAGUUCAGGCACGAGGGCGAGGGGCGGCCACACCUUGGCACGAGUAUCCGCAAGAGGAGGAGGAAGAAGACGACGAGGAAGAGAAAGAACAAGAACAAGUGGAGCUAGAAGUAUCUCACGAGGUUGACGUUAUUGUGUUUUCGGACGAGGAACAACGAAAAGAACAAGAAGUGGAGGAACAAGUGGAACAAGAGCUAAACGACGACGACGACUCCUCCAUCUCCUCCACCACCAGCGAAGUGGACCACAUCUUCUACGACACCGACGAAGAGGAGAUCGGCAACCUCAUCAGACUUCGAGCGGCGCGGAGAAGGCGGAUGCUGAGGCGGAGAGAGAGGGAAGACGAGGGAAGUUCCAGUGACGGAGACGGAGACGGCGACAGUUGCAGUGAGGGCUCGUCCGUGUACCCAAGCACCGAACACAGCAGUGACAGACGCCCCAGCACUGAAGAGGACGCGAACGAAGGCGAAAAGGUUGAAGUAGAGGAACUCCCGCCACAAGAGCCCACGGAAGGGAGGAUCAGUGAGCCCGCGCGGGAACCAGAAAUCAUGGAGGAGAGCUCCAGAAUGGAACCCGCGCAGGAGGACGGAGCUAUGGAGGAAGAAAGCGCGGAGGAGAGACGCGACCCUGACCAAGAACAAGACAAGGAGGAAAAACGUGAGCUUGAACAGGUGGAAAAGAGCAGACCAACACAGAGGAGAGAGUACAGUCGGAUGUUCGUCUACGUCAGGAAUUCAGUGCUCGUGGUACAAGAGGAAUUGUGGGAGCGGGUCACAAUUCCCGGCAUCUACAACAACCCCCCUCCCCCCCCUCCCAGAAACCGCCCCUCCUCCUCUUCCUACCUCUCCUCCUACUUCCCCCGCCCCUCCUUCAACUCUCUCUCUUCCUCCUCCUCCUCCUUCUCCCCUCCCUCCUCUCCCUCCCCGCCCCCCCCAGGACUGGUUUCGGAGACCAUAGUUGACUUUCUGCUAACGAGAGAGCCGCCCCCGUCAGACCACCACCAGGAGCAGGAAGUGGAAUCCGACUCGUUCCUCCCCUUAUGGAGCUUCGGGCGCGGCAUGAGAUUCGCGGAGCCCCAGACGCUGAUCCACCACCACCGGUCUCUCUUCGGGCCGUUCUUCCUGCCGCGGCGCACAGAGAGGGUUGAGGAGGGCCAGCAGCCGCCCCAGAGCCCGACCUUGCCCGAGCCGGAACUUGACAUCGAGGACAUUCUUCGAGAGUUCCACGCCAACGGAACGGACUCGGAGUACGACCCCCAGCGCGACCGUGAGCGUCAAGAGCUGGCCGAGCGCCGCGCCCUACCAGACUGGCCCCCACAGCCCCUCUCACGACCUCCCCCACAGCCGCAGCCCCUGGACCCCACCACCCCCAGCUGGCAGCCCCGCCCACGCCCCCAGCCCUUAGCCACCCUUCCCAAGACCAAGCCCGAGGGGAAGUCCAUGGCCAAAGAGAGUGAGGCAAGGGUCCGUAUUCUAACAGCCUUGUGGUCUGUGCCAGGGCGAGACCGUGAGGACUUGGUGUGCCGAUCCAUGGCCCGACAACCACUACCUAUGGCCCCACAGUCACAAGCCAUGCCCCCGUUCUCCCAAGCUAUGACACGGCAGACACAAGCUAUGGCCCUGCCCCCUCCAACCAUGGCCCGUAAUACUCCAGCUAUGGCCAGGUCCCUUCUGGCUUACUCCCACUCUCAAGCUAUGGCCCCACAGUCUCCACUAACACCUACAGAGCCUCCACCUGGGCCCAUGCUGUCUCAAGCUAUGGUCACACUGUCUGAAGCUAUGGUCACAGAAUCCCAAGCUGUGCCUUCUCUAUCCCAGGGUAUGCCUUCUCUAUCCCAAGCUAUGCCUUCUCUGUCCCAAGCUAUGUCCCCUUUAUCCCAAGCUAUGCCCACUCUGUCCCACGCUAUGCCUUCUCUAUCCCAAGCUAUGCCCCCUCUACCCCAAGCUAUGUCAUACCUGUCUCAAGAUAUGGCAUUCACGUCUCAAGAUAUGGCAUACACAUCUCAGGAUAUGGCAUACCCAUCUCAAGAUAUGGCCUUCCUGUCUCAAGAUAUGGCCUUCCUGUCUCAAGAUAUGGCCUUCCUGUCUCAAGAUAUGUCAUUCCCAUCUCAAGAUAUGGCCCCUCCCUCCUUAGCCAUGGCCUCAGAGACUCAAGACAUGGCCCAAGCCCUCGCCUUACUGGGCCAACUCAUGUCCCCCCAGCCCCCUGUAACCCAGCCAUGGCCAGCCACCCUGCCCCCCUCCCCCCAGCCCUACAUAACCUGGCCCACCCCCCCACCCGUUCCUGGCUUGGGUAUGCGGCGAGCUAUGGCCCCACACCAGACCCUCAGCAGCCCCCAGCCCCUGAUGUCGCUGCCCCCUCCCCUCGUCGCCUCCGCCCAGAACCAGCGGACAUGUCGGCAGGAGAGGAGGGAGCGGUGCAAUUAUUGUCUUCAAACAGGGGAGGAGGCUAUCUGGCACCGCUUGAAGGAUGAGCUUGGCCGCGUUGUGUGUCCCAUCCUGUCCCAAUAUAAGUGCAAGCUCUGUGGGGCCACCGGGGCCAACGCACACACCCUCAAAUAUUGCCCCCUCAACAAGAUCACCCAUGGGGACCCUGUGGCUGCCGGCAUGCCCCCAGGACUCAUGCCCUACCCCGUCACUUUGGAGGAUGCGCGUGGCCAGAACUAGAUGAGUGUACCCUGUAAUGCCUCGUUUUCUGUCUGGUGUGGGAGAAUGUGGCUUUUAAGGGUUAAUGCAUCUGUUAUUUUAGGCUUUUUAGUUGUAGUUUUUAAUCUGUAAGUUAACUUGUGUGUUUUUUUGUGACUUCCGAGGCCAAAAGUUAAAUGACUGUACCCUGUAAUGCCACGUUUUCUGUGAUUAGUGAGGGAGAAUGUGGCUUCAUGGGGUAAUGCGUCUGUUAUUUGUACAGCUAAGUUUUAAGUGAUCAGUUGUUUUUAUAGUAAUGAAGGUGCAUUUUUUAAACAGCAUUUAAGGCCAUGAUUGAUAAGUGCACCCAGUAACGCUUCAUUUUCUAUGGCAUGUGGGAGAAUGGUGCUUUAAGGGGAAACGCAUCCGUUCUUUACAGUGCCUCGGUCAUGUCAAUUAACGUGUGCCUUUGAAAUUGCCUCAAGCUGUGCCUUUGGUAUCAAUAAGUGUGCGAUUUGCAGUCUAAUAAUGCCAUGUUUUCUGUGUGUGGCGUGAGAGAAUGGCGCCUUAAGGGGAAACCCAUCCAUUCUUUAUAGUGGCACAGUCAUUUCACUUAAAUCGU